AUGGCCGCAAAGGGGGUUUAGGCAGAGAGGGUGAUCACUUACUGUCACUAGGACUACAGUUUGUAGACUCUCAGGGAGAGAGACUACAAACUGUAGUUAAAAAAAUCAGAGGUGGAGGUCAGGGGGUUAGAGCCAGAAGAAAACCUCUCUGGAGCCCACCCUGCAUCUCUACAUCUUGGAAGAGUCUGCAGUUCAGGCACCCCACAGAACCCCCAUAGCAAUCAUCUGUACUCCCACCCCCACCCCGGCCUCUGGGAGGCUCUCAGGCAACAGCAGGGGCCUGUGGGGUGGGGUGGGAUUGAGAAACAAGCUGCAGAGCCAUCUUUGUGACCCAGGAGCACCACUGGUCCCUCAUCUGCCACCGAGGCCAAGGAAGACCCAGAGACCUGCCUCACCAGCCCUGCCAUCGUGCUGAAAGACAGCCAUGAAUGGUGAUUCUCUGCUGCCGUAUUAUACGGCCCAGAGUGGCUCCAGCAUGAGCAUGUUCAACACCACCAUGGGGAGACUGCAGCGACAACUGUACAAGGGGGAGUAUGAUAUAUUCAAAUAUGCACCGAUAUUUGAGAGCGACUUUAUCCAGAUCACCAAAAGGGGAGAAGUGAUUGAUGUGCACAACCGUGUCCGUAUGGUGACCAUGGGCAUUGCACGAACCAGCCCCAUCCUCCCACUCCCAGAUGUCAUGCUGCUGGCACGACCAGCCACCGGCUACGAAGAGUAUGCUGGACACGGCCAGGCCACCAAGAGAAAAAAACGCAAGGCAGCCAAGAACUUAGAGCUCACCAGGCUCCUCCCCCUGAAGUUUGUACGGAUCUCUGUUCACAACCAUGAGAAACAACAGCUGCGCCUGAAGUUUGCCACUGGCAGAUCUUGCUAUCUGCAGUUGUGUCCUGCUCUCAAUACACGGGAUGACCUCUUUGCUUAUUGGGAAAAACUAAUUUACCUCUUGCGGCCACCUAUGGAGAGUAACAGCAGUACCUGUGGCAUUCCAGCUGAAGACAUGAUGUGGAUGCCUGUGUUUCAGGAAGACAGGAGGAGCCUAGAAGCCGUGGAUCUUCAAGGAAAGGGGGAUCAGGACCAGGUCAGCAUCCGGAGCCUCCACAUGGUCUCUGAGGUAUGUGGGGCCACCUCUGCUGCUUAUGCUGGAGGGGAGGGACUCCAACAUGACUUUCACAAACCCACUAAUGUGCUCAAUGUAUCCAUCCCCAAAACAUCUACGGAGCUUGCUGAGGAGCCAGCAACAGGGGUGACUAAAGAGGCAGCAGCAGCAGGGGCAGCUGCAGGGGCAGCAACAGGCACCGUAGCAGGUGCCUUGAGUGUGGCAGCAGCCAAUUCUGCCCCUGGACAAGUGAGCGUAGCCAUAGCUGGGGUGGCCACCAUAGGUGCAGGAGGAAGCAAAAGCAACAUGGCCAUUGCAGGCACUGCCAGCAUGGCUCCAAACAGCACAAAGGUGGCCGUGGCAGGGGCUGCAGGCAAGUCCUCAGAGCAUGUUUCCAGCACGUCCAUGAGCCUUUCCCGAGAGGGCAGCAUGAGCCUGGCCAUUGCAGGAGUAGAACUGACCAGCAGGACUGCUGCAGAAACAGACAUGGAUGCAGCAGCGGGACUUCCUGUCUCCACCCGGCAGAGCAAGAGCAGCCUGAGUGGACAGCAUGGAAGGGAGCGAACCCAGGCCAGUGCUGAAGCUUGCAAGGAGGGGAGGGAAAGAAGGGAAAAGGACAAGGCUCUUGGAAGGAGUUCCCGUCGCCGCAGGACAGGUGAAAGCCGCCACAAAACAAGGGGGGACAAGAUUGCCCGAAAGUCUUCCAGCAGGUCCUCAUUCAGCCACAGAGCCAGUAGAGAUGACAAAAAGGAGAAAGGCUGUAGCAGCCCAGGGAGCAGCAGGCACGGGGAAUCGCAUAAAGGUGUCAGCCACACGCCCAUCUCAAAGGAGUCCAGGACCUCUCACAAAUCUGGGAGGAGUUUAUCGACCACCAGCUCCGGAUCCAGCAAGAGACUUGGCAGGAUCAGCUCUUUCCUGAGGAACGUCAGAGCCAACCUUACUACAAAAGCAGUGGGCACACCACAUGGCAGAGAUGUGGACAUCAUGGCUAAGACGGUGGAGAGGAGCACCAACGUGGCCAAUGCCGAGACAGCAGAAGGUGGCCAGGGGCUGGAGAUGGUUGGUUCUAUGACACCGGACAUCAUGGAGACAAUGACUUUUGAAACCCAUUAAAUAAGACCCAGAGAUGGAAGCUGUAAAGGAGCCCAGAGCUCAUAGAAGUGUCCCUGGAGAGCCUAUUCCAGCAUUCUUUACUGCCAUUUAAAUAAAGAACCAUACAUCUGA